AAGUCACUACGAGUGAACACAAGGCCACCUACACUUCUCCUGAGCAUGCUCCUGGAGCUCUUAGCCAAGCACAAGGGCUACUGCUACCGAUAGACCCGGUUGUCACAACUUUCGAUCGACUACGUCAUCAACAUGACAGAUUUCACUGAGGUGUUAUUCUCUACGUUCAUACUCAAUACAACCAAUGACUGGGGCCGGUGGAUCCACUUCCAAAGGUUGACUGCACAGCAGCUGCUCGUCUGGGAAUACUGUAACCCAGAGCUCUCAGCAUCUGAGGUGAAGGCACUAGGAGACAAACCAGUGGAGCCAACAUACGAUGAUUAUCAAUCUGGCGCCACCAACCCAUCUGAUCUGGACGCGCAGAACCUGACUAAAUAUACCGUCCACUACCAUCUAUGGGAACACGAAAUCACGAGAUACAACACCUUGCGCAAAUCUCUAGCUAGGAUGAGCGCAGAAAUCACUUAUACCGUUGCACCCCAUUACUACUUCCUAAUCGAGGAUCACGACGAUGCCUACGGCAAGCUCGUAGCACUUAAACGUCAACUAGCGCCAACGGCCACAAUCGCGGGAGGAUGCAAGUAGAGCAAUAUCGAGCUCUGCAGAAGUCUCACAAGGAUUUCAACACCUGGCUGAAUGACUCACUGUAACAGUUAGCCAGCACAGAGGGACAAAUCUUCCAGAUGUACAGGGCACUCGUGCGCAAACAGACUUUUUUUUCGAAUUAUCAAGCCUCCAGCCCUAAGGUCGUAGCCAAUGCACUUCUCUAUAUCGUAAAGGAAGA